CCCAUGCCAAGUUAGCUAGCAAAUUUGUAUUUAAGGAUAACUGGCCAAAUAACAAAAAAAUGGAAACCUAUUCUCUUUUUUAUGUGGUAGUUGUUGGCAUACUGGCUCUUUGCUUAGCUGAACGUAAUUAAGAGCGAAACUUCAUCGUGGGGGAAAAACACAGUACCAGUCAGAUUGAUAGGAAGCCGAGUAGCUAGCUAAUAGCUAAUUAUCUUCACUAGCUAACAAGUCUAGCUAGCUAACAUCCAAACGAGUUGGGAAAGCUGUGCUUUAAUCGUUAUCUCUUCAGCUAGCAAGCUAGUCCAGUAACUACCAUCGCUCACAAGUCCCCACGUUAGAUAUUCGUACGAAACAAAAAUGUCGGAGGACCUUGAAAUAGGUGAUGAUCCAACUCUGUUGACAAUGAUGGAAGAAGACGGAGAGGCAAGCAGUGAAGAACAGAUGCCGACUGCAGAGUGCAGCUCGGGCCUGGGAAGAGGAGGAGAGUCCGAGGGAUCAAAGAUUGAUGCAAGCAAAAACGAGGAGGAUGAGGGGAAAAUGUUUGUUGGUGGGCUCAGCUGGGACACAACCAAGAAGGAUUUGAAAGAUUACUUCUCUAAGUUUGGCGAGGUGGUAGACUGCACACUUAAGCUGGACCCAAUGACAGGCCGAUCCAGAGGCUUUGGCUUCGUGUUGUUUAAAGAGGCUGAGAGUGUUGAUAAGGUCACUCAACAGAAGGAACACAAGCUGAAUGGGAAAGUCAUCGACCCAAAGAAGGCCAAGGCAAUGAAGAGCAAGGAACCGAUAAAGAAGAUUUUUGUUGGCGGUCUCUCUCCAGACACUCCAGAAGAGAAAAUCAAAGAGUACUUUUGCACAUUUGGAGAGUUGGAGUCUAUUGAAUUGCCCAUGGAAAACAAAACAAAUAAAAGACGUGGGUUCUGUUUCAUAACCUUCAAAGACGAAGAAUCUGUGAAAAAUAUCAUGCUGAAGAAAUAUCACAAUAUAGGACUGAGCAAGUGUGAAAUCAAGGUGGCCAUGUCCAAAGAGCAGUACCAGAUACAGCAGCACUGGGGAGGGAGAGAUGGAUAUUCCCCCAGACCUCGAGGCAGGGGGCCUAGUCAAAAUUGGAACCAGGGUUACGGAAACUAUUGGAACCAAGGAUAUGGCAACUAUGGAUACAAUAACCAAGGCUACGGAGGAUAUGGUGGCUAUGACUAUUCUGGAUACAACUAUGGAUAUGGUGACUAUACCAAUCAACAAGGUGGAUAUGGCAAGUCCCUGAGACGAGGAUCACACCAAAACAGUUACAAACCAUACUGAUGUGGAGAAUUCGCACAAACAGGUAUAACCGAAUCUCUCUCACCACAAACCUAAAAUCGAAAAACUACUUAGUGGUAUCACUUCUUUGUACCAUAAUUAACAUGAAUAAUAAUCCCUUUCAAAGUUUUUCACAGCACCCUGAAGUGCUUUACUGUAAUGGUAACAUAGAGGGCAACAGCCUUUGUGGUGAUUAUUCUAACAGCUGGCUUUCGGCUGUCUCUUUUGCACCAUUUUGUAACUGUAAAGUUAACAGGUAAAGUAUUGCUAUGACAGUUAAUGAAUGUGAAAAACUAAAAGUACAAGGAAAAAGAAGAAUUGUUGUCUCCUAACUGACAUAUACCUUGUUUGUACCUGCCAGCGGAGCUUCCUUGCAGGCCAUGAGCUGACCCCACGAUACUCUCAGGCCCGCUCAAUGCGGACCGGGCACGAGAGGCGUACGCUCUCGAAUGCUGCCGUUUGGUAUGGUCUUUCAACAUCCUGUAUCAGCACCGUAAACAAAGUGGGAUAUUCCCAUCUUUGUCAUCUUGCUUUACAUUUAAUUCCUUCGAUUGUUUCGUUUCUGUAAAUAUUUUAAAUACACGUAAAUUAAUGUUUAAUGUAAAUUAAAUGUCGUUUUUUACAGGCCCCUACUACCCCCACAAGUAAUUGUAAAAUACGACAGAGAAAAUAACUAUUUACUUUUUAAAGGAUACGUCUUCUCUGGACUUUCCAGUUCCUAAUCUUACCUGUAAUGCUUGCUUUCUUUAUUUAGCCCUCGUAGCCGUAGUAACCAGUAGUCCAUGAGCUUAAACCUGGUUUGUACUUGGAUGCCACUGAUGGAGAAGUGCGUUACUUUUGUACUUGUUUACUGUUUGUUACUGACAGCGGUGGGAAAAGCUUUUAUACAAUUUUAAUUUUCCUCUAACAAAUUCUCUUCUUUUGGAAAAACAUGGAAGUACAAUGUGUCCAGAAAUGUGCAUGUAAUGCUUAACUUAACGUGUAUAUAUUUUUUUACCAAUUGAAGGCUUCCUUAUUGAUUUUGUAGUUGCGUUUUGACUCUUAUCGCACCUAAGGAUUUGUAGCUUAUGGACUAACUGAAUGUUAAAAAUCAUUGUUUUAUUGUCUUUUCAUAAUGAAUUAAAGACGGGGGAUUCCUAUUUUAUAUUGUUUUUGUUUUCUGUACAGUCAUAAUAGACUGUUUGGCUUGUUUGUUUUCUGCAGGCUUCGAAGUGAUACACGAUUGGAAGCUGUCUUUCGAUGGAGCAUUGGCGGAAGACUUGGCAGUAUCCAGAUAACAUGACGGAGAGAUUAUGGG